GUGGAUGGAGCAGGACAGAGGUCACAUCACAGGGGGGACUUUUCUCUUAAAAGAGCUGUCAAUGUCUUUGACCGUGUGAGGAAGUGGGAAGCGCUGCUUCAGUUGGUCUCCAGGCAUUUCUGUGGAUGUUGAUGAAGAGAGGAAAAGCCUGUAGCAACUGUAGCCAUGGACCAGAUGGAGAUACAGAUGGUCAGAAAAGAAGCAGAUGAAAGCAGCACAGACAGUCUUGAGGGUCAAUACACCGAACCCAUCGGCUCUGAAAAGACCACUGUCAACAGUCAGUUUCUUGCUGAAGAAGAUGCAGAGAGACAGAAGUUUCUCACCAAUGGAAUUCUGAAGAAGAAGUAUGAUGAGUACCAUGAGGAGCAUCAUCCUGGCCACACCUCCUUUGGGAUGUCAGUCUUCAACCUAAGCAAUGCCAUCAUGGGCAGUGGAAUCCUGGGCCUCUCCUAUGCCAUGGCCAACACCGGCAUUGUAAUCUUCAUAAGCCUUCUUUUUGCUGUGGCAAUUUUAUCCCUAUACUCUGUCCAUCUUCUGCUGAUGACAGCCAAGGAGGGCGGCUCCCUGAUUUACGAAAAGCUGGGAGAGAGGGCUUUCGGCUGGCCUGGAAAAAUGGCCGCGUUCGGCUGCAUAACAAUGCAGAAUAUCGGAGCCAUGUCCAGCUAUCUCUUCAUUGUGAAGUACGAGCUGCCUGAGGUUAUCAGGGCAUUCCUGGGACUGGAAGAGAUUUCUGGUGAAUGGUACCUAAAUGGAAACUACCUAGUGGUGUUUGUAUCUGUGGGUGUGAUCAUGCCACUGGCUCUCCUCAAAAACAUAGGCUACCUGGGCUACACUAGUGGUUUCUCCCUCUCCUGCAUGGUCUUCUUCCUGGGAGUGGUAAUGUACAAGAAGACACAAGUCCCCUGCCCACUGCCAAUGCUUGAUCACAACUCGUCUAGCGAGAGCAUGAACGCCUCGCUGCUGCUGUCUCCACACUUCCUCCACAAUGACUCCGGUGUUGUAGAGUUCUCUCGAGCUGAAGCGGUGACCCCACCUUCUCCCCCCAGCCUGCCCACAGACCACACACCAGUGGUGCAGUACAGGGCCCAUGACGCUGAUGAUGAUACGUGCAAGCCCAAGUUUUUUGUAUUCAACUCACAGACAGUUUACACCAUGCCCAUCCUUGCCUUUGCCUUCGUGUGCCACCCAGAGGUACUGCCCAUCUACAGUGAGCUCAAAGAUCGGUCCCGGAGGAAGAUGCAGAAUGUAUCCAACCUGUCAAUCUUUGCCAUGCUUGUUAUGUAUAUGCUGUCAGCACUGUUUGGCUACCUCACCUUCUACGACAGUGUGGAGGCAGAGCUACUGCACACCUUCACCAAGGUUUACAAGUUUGACACCCUGCUCCUCCUGGUACGACUGGCAGUGCUGACAGCUGUCACUCUCACCGUGCCCAUUGUGCUCUUCCCCAUUCGAUCGUCUAUUGUAACCCUGAUGUUCAGUGGGAAAGAGUUCAGCUGGAUUCGACAUAUGUUCAUUGCUGCCUGUAUAUUGACCUUUAAUAACCUCCUAGUGAUAUUUGUCCCAACAAUUCGCGACAUCUUUGGCUUCAUUGGUGCCUCUGCUGCCACUAUGCUGAUCUUCAUUAUGCCUUCUGCCUUUUACAUCCGACUCGUAAAGUCUGUGCCCUUUAAGUCACCACAGAAAAUCACAGCUUCUGUGUUUCUUGUCAUGGGUGUGGUCUUCAUGGUUGGAAGCCUGAGCCUUAUUGUUCUGGACUGGAUCCACAACCCACCAGGCACUGGGGCCCAUUAGGUUGUGAAACACACAGAGAGGGAGUGGCCUCUCUGGGGAGCCACACCCCAGACAGUGUGCUUGGGACACACACCUGAUGCUGUUUUUGCAAAAUGCCCCUGUCUAGGAGCACUAUGGAGAGACUCUUUUUGCAUCUGAAGGAUAUCCAUUUUCAUGUAUGUUUGCCUUGUUCUAAAAUGAUUUACCCUCUAUUGUUGCUCUUUUACAUGAAUGGUGUGAGAUAGGAGCUGACUGUUGGGCUUUUGGUCUUACUUGGAUAGAGUGGUCUAACAUAGUGUCUGCACUUAGCCAAUCCAAAUACAACUGCAACCUCCACUGUUAAUUAAAUCGGUAAAUGCAAUGUGUGUAUGUGUGUGUGUGUGUGUGUGUGUGUGUGUGUGUGUGUGUGUGUGUGUGUGAAUCAGUGUGUGAGCCCAUGGAUGCACCAGCAUAACUGUGAAGUGUGGUUCUUUGACAGGGUUUGCUGGCCAGUGGUACCUCUGUGUGGUGGGGAACUUCUUCCUCACCAUCCAGUUUAUCUGCUCUAGAGCCUAAAAUGUUCCUUUGUCUCAAGUGACACACAGCUGCUAACUUUAAUUACUAGAGGGAAGGACAGUGAUUUGGCAAAAGCAGAGCAUGUUAAAAAUGUGGUGCUGGGGAUUUUUUACAUUGGUUGUUUGUAGUUUUUGUAUAUUUGGUGUAAUGUCGUGAAAGCAGUCUUAUCAUCCAUGUCCAGGCAAUGUCUGUAUCUGUAGAGAUGCCAAAUCAGAGACAUAAUGGCUGCGUCUCAAGCCGUAUUUCCACCACAUGUGCCAAAAUACGUCAAACUGUUUGUGUUGAAUGAAACCUCAUGACCUCAUGGGUGAGGAUUCCUAUGACUGCCUGGGAGAUAUGGCAGCAAUAAUUGCAGGUCCAUUUUCAUGAUCCUCAAAAAAAAACAGAAACUGGAAUGUACCAUACUGUUGUAUAUAGCAAUGCUGAGGUCAAAAGUCUUGUUUUAUAAUUUCGUUUGUCUUUUGUAAACUAGUCUGAAUAC